AUGCACUGGCUACAGCCAGACGAGAAUAACAAGAUCAAACUCGAUGCCCUACAGCUUGACAUCGUCGGUUUUCUAGCCAUCCUCGGAGAGGGGUCGGUGCUAGCCAAUGCUCAAGUUUCAACACUCUCGAGAUGGAUCUAUCUACCACGCUUAAUCCCGGCUCCUCAAGCACUGAUGAGGCCGACGAGACCAACGCGACUCGAAACAGCCCCUGGAUAUGUGACGGGUGUUCACUCAGGUAACCAUCGCGAUGCCAUCAAUUACAUCGGCAAUAUUGUUUGCGACGCAGGCAACCUCGCACCGUUUUCUGUGCGAGUGGUCCAUAUCGAACGGAAAAGCGAGCAUCAACUCAAGACCAAGACCUUUGCAUCGCUUACGGUUGUCGUUCUCAUCGGUUUCGCGCUCUCCGCCCUGCUCCUCGCGAUUUCGAUAUGGCAACGAGACGGCAUGUCGAUUGUAGCGACGGCACUCCUCUCACUGCUUUCCAGUCUGAUCGGUCUCGGUAACAAAUGGAGUCUGAGACUGCCAUCGCGCAAAUACCAGAGCAAAGUCCCGCCUGGUGAUGUGGUCAUACGGUAUCCAAAGGGCAGCUUCCUGAUCGUUCGCUGCACUGAAGAUGUAGCACGAGAACUGUAUUUCGCGCCGGAGAGUAUCGAAUACCAACUAUCACACGGGCCGGCAUAUAGGAUAUUGAGUCUGGUCGGAACUAUGAUGCUCAUGGGCGGCGUCAUCUGCCUGGCGAAUGCCCAGAUCCAAGUUCAAAUCGCUUGGGCGGGCUCUUAUAUGCUCCUCGGCGCUUCCUAUUGGAUUGUUGCUGCACUGCCCGCCAAAAUGCACUGGGACACAAGUUGUUACUGUGUCACACAGGAAUGUCUUUCAGACGCAGACACCGAUGCGAAGGGCUACCCCUCGGAAUCUGAUACUUUCACAAAGGCACUUUGGAAAGCCAUUGUUGUCACCAAGGACAUUGGCUGGAUCCGCAGGAGUGAUGCCUGCCCGGACACCUGGGCAUGGAGAAAAUGGCUUGCUCAAGCAAAGGCAUGUAGCAGAGACGUUCGGACGUCUGAGAUGGAUAAGAAGCCAGGAGUGAAGACUUGGGAUGUCCCAGAGUGGGACGCGCAAGGAGUCCUUACCAAACUUUUGGAAGAGCAGGUGUCGCGGGAGGCGAAGAACAUGACGGACGAGUUUGAUGUUUGA